AUGAUAUUCGAAGAAUGGACUAGUACUCCAACACUUAAUCAUUUGUUAGACAAAUGGUCAAACUAUCGUGAUAAAACUUUAUCGAUGUUAAAUAUUAAAGACAAUAUUUCAAUACUAUUACUCAAUGUUUCUAGCUUAAAUCAUUACAUGGAUGAAACGUUUAAUCUUAUUGAUUCUACUUCCCCGCCAAUCAUUACAAUAAAUGGAACACAUCAUGAUGAAAAAUCGAUUAAAAAAUUUACGAAACAUUUCUUUAAUUUUAAUGUUUAUUCUAUCAAUGGCACAAAUAUAUUUGGAGGUGUUUUAGUUGCUGUACAUAAAUCAAUUCAUACUCAACGAAUAGUUGAAUUUGACAAUAUACCGAACUUGAUUGCACUAGAAAUAGGUAUGGAUCAAAAUAAAUUUCAAUUAGUCACAUGUUACUCACCACCACAUGAAAAAAUCCCUUUUGAUAUUUUUGAUCGAAUACUACGAAAAAAUGAAAAUACCAUCAUCACUGGAGAUUUCAACGCAAAACAUAAGUCUUGGUCUCGCUCGAUACAAAAUCCAAAAGGAAAAACUUUAUUUAAUUGGUUGUCUACAUUACAAACGCGUUCAACAAUGGAUAUCAUUAAUAAAUUUAUUCCAACGUCAACUCGCUCCAACGCAACGAUUGAUCUAAUUAUUGUACCGUCGCAUAUGUCAUCUAAUUCAUUCUCAGUAUUACCGUCUAUUGGUAAUGAUCACCAUCCAGUUAUUUGGUACUCCACAAUUAAAAUAUCUACUGCACAUCAAAGGUAUCCAAUCAAACGAACUCAUUGGAAAUUAUUUGAAGUAUUUCUUACUUUUACUGGUAGUUAUUGA